AUGGGUCUGUUGCGCAGAGACAGACCACAUGAAAAGUCUCGGCGGCUACGCGAGCUGUUUAGUCCGCGGGUAGAGUCUGGCACGACUGCUGCUGGCAAAGCAUCGACGCCCCCCAUGCAAACGCCAACGGAAACGGAAACGCAAAAGCAAACGCCAACGCAGAAGACAGGCUCUGCCAAACAAGCACCGGGAAAGCCUGUGUCCAAGAAGCCUGUCCAAAGAACCAGUCCUAAAUCCCCGGCCAAAUCCCCGGCCAAGUCCACAGCCAAGUCCGCCUCCAAACCCGCCUCCAAACCCACGACUCAGACAAGCACUCCUGUAUGCAACUCUCCUCUGGCCAGUCCAACAGAUCCACUGCCAGUGAUUGUGCUGCAAAAGACCCACAGUAUGGGGUCUCCGCCUCGACUUUCAUUGGCGGAUUUCGACGGCGAACAGGCAGAACCGCCCGCAGAGUUGCCAAGACCGCCCGCGGAAAUAAAACACUAUGCCACUCUACCCUUGCAACAAAGCCACAACUCCUCGUCGUUGCUCCACCGUGACGCGUCAGCACCUUCACUAACACGUCCUCAUCUGACGCGUCAGCAACGGUCCCAUUCCUAUGGGGCUCUCGAUGACCGUCAAUCGCAAGAGGAAGCUGAGCCUUCACCGGCACGUCAUUCGCACCAAUUUACACGUGAGACCGCCCGUGCCAGUAGUUUCUCUGAGGUGUCAAAGUCUAAAUCAAAGACUAGCACCAACGCUCAACGUGAUUUCAACACACCCGCUAGAGCUGCCACUGCUGCCCGUGACAUGGGUCACACGCCUCACGCGCCUCACACGCCUCACACGCCUCAUUCCACCUCUCGUAGCAUCCAUCUACACCAUCUCGAUACUUCUCCGCGCCAUACGACUUCGACCUCACACUGCAAUUUCUCGCCAACUCUAACAAAGGCGCUUUUGCCAAGCCCCCUGUCCAUCUCGAAAUCGCGCCAUUCAACCGAUUUCUCUUCUCUCCCCUCUACUUCCAAGGACAAAGAUCCCACUAGCCCAUCUCCCAUCCACAAACGCAAUUCCACUUCGAAAAAGGGUCUCAAACUGCUAACGGCUUCUCACGACCUCUCUUCCUCCUCUCUCACUUCUCAAAACACCCCGCCACACCCAUUCCUCACGGCAAGUGUCUCCUCCACUCUCGACACUCCCAGAUCCACAAACACUUUCCUAUUGCAGAAGGAGGAAUGCGCCUUGAAUGUAGAGAUCGACAACUCUUUCCAAUUACACGACGUUUCCUAUUCCAGCGACCGGAAAAACUCGGAAUUCCAUUCGAUUUUCAAAGAUACCGCCGGCAUUUCCCCCAACGAAAGACUCAUCAGUGAAGUGAAUUGUGCGCUGUCAAGGGAUAUCCUAUUGCAGGGCAAAAUGUACAUCACGGACCACAACGUUUGUUUCAAUUCAAACAUCCUCGGCUGGGUCAGUUGUGUGAUCAUCCCAUUCAAAGAUGUCGUCCAAUUGAAGAAGAAAUCCACCGUCGGCAUCUUCCCCAACGGCAUCGUCAUCGAUACGUUGCAUUCCAAGUAUAGAUUCGCGUCGUUUAUCUCCAGAGAUGUGACGUUUGACCUGAUUACCAACAUUUGGAACCAAAUCAUCUUGGGCAGACGGUACAGAGGUGUUCAAGCCACUUCGAACUCCGAUUUCAAUACCGAUACGGAUUCCGACGACGACGAUUCGAAUUCCGACGGUUCGAACUCCGACGACCUUUCCUCUGUCUCCUCCACUUCACCGUCUGCCCUGUCCACCGAUGUCACCUCCCAAGAAGAACCUUCCAUCAAACACACCCCAACGUCAGACUCCCUGGGACCCCUCCACCAUUCCCCUACAAACCCAAACUAUACCCCUGCCAAUGGCGAGAAAAAAAUCAUAGACCACAUCUUCAACGCCCCCCUGGGCCACGUCAUCGAUAUCCUAUACGGUCCCGACACCGCCAUGUUCAUCUCUGUCUUAAAAGCACAAAAGGCUUACGAUAUCAAAGAUGUUCAACCAUUGCUCUCCCCUACCAAGAAAAGACAAUACUCCUACACUAAACCGUUGAAUGGAGGCCACAUAGGUCCAAGCAAGACACGCUGCAAUGUCAUCGAAACUUUAGACCAUUCCGAUUUGAACCAAUACGUCAAGAUCGUACAGCUAUCAAAGACCCCCGACGUCCCCUCCGGCAACAAUUUCUCUGUCAAAUCCACUUUUAUCUUCAAUUGGGCUUCCAAUAAUACAACCCAUUUGUCAAUUUAUCUAACUGUCCAAUGGUCCGGCAAGAGUUGGAUCAAAGGGGCAGUCGAGAAGGGAACGUUUGACGGUGUCCCCGCAGAUUCCAAGUUAUUGAUUGGUGAAGUCGAGAAAUUUUUAUCUAUUGAAAAAUAUACAAAUCAUGCAAAGGCCGUUGCAUCAUCAUCAACCCCUUCUUCCGCAACAAUAACAUCAUCGGCAGCCAAAUCAUCGGCCGCUACUACUUCUACAAAACAUAAACCCGCAGGCAAAUGGUCUGCCUUGCCAAACACAUCCCCACUCACACACGCUCCCACCACUCCUACAAUCGCCAAGGAGAAAGAUGAAAAAAUCAUCGAUCAAAACGUCUCCUUACCAGCUCCUCUUGGUGUUGUUUUCCAACUUUUAUUUGGUGACAAUACUUCAUAUAUGAAAAAUGUAAUCACCACUCAAAAAAAUAUUAAUCUCUCCGCAAUACCAAAAUUCAAUAACAAUACAAGAGAAUAUUCUUAUACAAAACCUUUGAACAAUUCUUUGGGUCCCAAACAGACAAAAUGUCUCAUACAAGAAAUUAUCGAACAUCAAGAUUUCAAUUCAUACUGUCUUGUAAAACAAAUCGUCAAAACACCAGAUGUCCCCUCGGGCAACAAUUUCUCUGUACAAACAAGAAUUUAUCUCUCUUGGGGCAGUAACAAUACUACAAACUUCACUGCCAUCACAAAUAUCGUUUGGACAGGUAAAUCCUUCUUAAAGGGUGCCAUUGAAAAAGGUUCUAUCGAUGGUCAAAAAUCUUCAAACCAAUAUUUGAUUCAAUCUUUAAAUCGUUCAAUCAAAUCCAUCAUCAAUGCAAGUGCAGCUGCAAGUGCAAACGCAGCUUCAUCUUCUUCAAGUUCCAAGAAGAAACAGAACAAGAAAUCAUUGAAAGUGGAGACCAAAUUGGAAUUGGAAACUCCUGUGGAAAUACCACAAGAAACCAUGGCCCCUGCUCCAUCCUCCUCUCCCUCUCUAAUCUCCACCAUUCUAUCUUUACUUCCUCCAACACAGUUUUCUUUGAAAUAUCAAGUUGGACUAGUUUUCCUCUUUGUGAUCCUCUACUCCUUGAUCUCACCCUUGUUCCAUCAUAAACCAUCCUACGAUAUCGAAAUGGUCAAAUCAGGAAGACUUGUAGUAGAUGGUGCAGAAUAUAAUCUUGUUCCAAGUUUAAGAACUCUUUAUGACGUUUACGAAGAUAACUUGAAUAAUAAUCAUAAAAAGAAGGGGAAACUACCUCUCAUCAAACAUAAAGAUGUAAAUGUAAUUAUUAAUGCAGAAAAUAAUAUUUGGGAUUGGCUGAAUGAUCGUGGUAAUGAUACUCUUCAUCCAAAACCUUCCAAUUACGAAUCUCAUAAUUGGGCCAAUGAAUUAGAACAUCAUAAAUUACAACAAUUGGAAAACGCUAUAAAUAUUGCAGAGGAUGAAUUAACUCAAAUGAAAUCAAAAUUACAUACUUUCAAGAAUUUAGAACUCCAAGAAAAUAAUCAUUUUCAUUGGAGCGAUUUACAAGAUUCAAAUUCCAUACCGGAUUUAGAUCCGGCUCCAUAUCUAUAA